AUGUUGACCUCUAUUUUCCUGACUUCUCUUCUCGCCGCAGGUGGCGCCCACGCUGCCCCGGUGGAAAACACAUGGACUAUCCGCGCCAACUACUCCCAAUGCGUUAACAGCACAACCCUCCUCCAACCCGUCCUCGAAGGCGCGACGAUCGGACCCUCCCCGUCGGCCAACGUCACGGACUUCUGGGUCCCGUCGAAAUUUACAGGCAGCCUGUACAUCAAGCCCGCCGGUGCGGUGGGCUACGGCUCGCCCUACCAGCCGCAGCUGGUCAACAUCACGUCCACCGGACUCAACGAGCUGGUCCAGGCCUUCGCGUUCAACGGCACCGGGCAGCCUGCGAACGUAACGUCUCUUAGUUUCCAGUCGCCGACGGGCGGCGGCGCGAUGACGAUUGAUCCGGCAGAAGGGGGUGGGCUCGGGCUCAACCUUGAACCCGCUGAGAUGUUGAUUGUUUCCUACUGCGAUCUCCUGGAGGCUGGCGGACCUGUCGUAUAA